AUGCCAACAUUAUUCAAGAUUGCUUCUAUAUUUUGGAAACAAGAAGAAAAGCAUGUAAAAGAUGCAUAUAAACAAUUAGCAAAAAAAGCUCAAGAUCUUUUCGCUAAACAAAUCGACUCGCUACAAGCCAUUAACGCUGGAAAGGGUUUAGGAUUUCCUCAAUCACAACUGCAACCACAAACAGCAGCUGUCCAUCCAAUCAGAUUGCCUUCCAUCCCCCACGAUCAAUACAAAAGAACACCAAUAGAUACGAGUCC